AUGUGGUCACAUCUCACAUGGGUUGAUAAUCGUGUGUUCUACCCUUCACAUAAGCGACCGUCCUGCUCUCCAAUCUCCAUCCUCGCCGCCGCCGCCGCAGCCACCAUCGCGUGCAGACCAGGGGUGGGCAUCCCGCCCAAGCCACUCCCAAGCUGCCGCGCGUACGUGGUCCAGCAGACCUGCAAAGACACCCAGCAGACCACGCCGGGCAAAGUGGCCUCCAAGGAUCCGUGCUGUCGGGAGCUGGAAGCCGUCUCGGAAGAAUGCCGAUGCACCGCGAUGGAGGACUUCAUGCAAGGGAUGCUCCGCUUGGAGGGCGUUCCUGAGGGGUGCACUAGAAAGGACCUGUGGGAGUUCACCAUGUCUCUCGUCAAGCCGGAGAGGUGCAACCUGAAGACCAUCACUGGCGGCCCCUACUGCGGCCUCCCUCCUAGCAAUGAUGCCCGUCUCGCCGACGGUGUGCUAGAUGUGUAG